AGAUUCGGUGCUCGGCUUCCUCCCUCGCGCGCGUACAUAACCCCGACCACAAUCUUCCUUUCCAUUUCCAUCGCUCCAAGCGAGACCAAUUCGCUCGCUGUCAUCACGGAGAGCCUGUGCUCCGAUCUCGGCGGGCGCGAAGCACCAGGAUGACGGCCGGAGAUUCGUCGGAGAGCAUUGCUUCUCUUGUUGGGCUUGCACCACUUGAGGCCAUUCUGUUUGAUGUUGAUGGAACUCUAUGUGACUCGGAUCCUCUCCACUACUAUGCGUUCAGAGAGAUGCUCCAAGAGAUAGGUUUUAAUGGGGGAGUUCCGAUCACAGAGGAUUUCUUUGUUGAGAAUAUUGCUGGAAAACACAAUGAAGACAUAGCUGAGCUCCUAUUCCCAGAUGAUAUUCCUCGAGGCCGAAAAUUCUGUGAGGACAAGGAAGCCAUGUUCCGCAAAUUGGCCUCGGAACAACUAACGCCUGUGAGUGGCCUAUACAAAUUAAAGAAGUGGGUCGAAGACCACGGUCUGAAACGUGCUGCAGUUACAAAUGCUCCUAGGCCAAAUGCUGAACUCAUGAUCUCAAGUCUCGGACUCUCGGAUUUCUUUCAAGCUGUUGUUCUAGGAAGUGAGUGUGAGCAUGCCAAACCACACCCAGAACCUUACCUGAAGGCCCUUGAUCUGCUGAAGGCGUCAAAGGAGCAUACUCUAAUUUUUGAGGACUCAGUUUCAGGCAUAAAAGCAGGGGUUGCAGCUGGAGUGGCCACUAUCGGCAUAACAACGAGGAACCCGGAACAUCAACUGAUGGUAGCAAAGCCAACAUUCCUCAUCAAGAGUUAUGACGAUCCAAAGCUGUGGGCCGCUUUGGAAGUGCUCGAGAAGAAGGAUGCUUGAGAAAUUCUUUGACAAACAGGAAGGUGGGAGGACCUGCCCAUCAACUGCCAUUAGCCAUUUAUAUUCGAUGCUGCGAAACUGCAAGUUGAUGAUGAUUUGACUUUGGGAUCGCAUAUUGUUGCCGGAAUCUGUUCUGAUUCUGAGAUGUGUCGUAUUACUUUGCUAACACAUUAGAGUACCGAAAGUUUAGUGGAAACAGAAACGAUGCUAUUUUCACGGCUUCGAUCGUUUCUUCCACUCUCAUGUAUUAAUAAAGAAUUUCCUAUAAAAAUGUCGGGUUUCAUUGUUCUCC